AUAAAUAAACGAGGUUUUUGUUUGGAGAUGGAAUUUGGAAGAAGAUCACUAGAUCACUGCAAAAUCACAACUCUGCUGAUGGAAAUGGAGCUUUAGUUUCGCCACUCAGCUACUGGAUUUUGGUUUGCAACAUGAUGCGAGCUCUUCUACUGCGCAAGGGGAUCUCUCGGACCCUUCAUCUUCCUUCAUCUACAAUUUCUUCAUCGUUCAGAUCCCUUGCUGCGCCAACCACCGCUUUUUCUUCCUCUUUAUUGGAUUUGAUCUCUUCUCCACUACCUCGGCCCGCCUCCGUGGACGGCCGUUGCCACUCGCUAGGGUCUCUAUGGUCCGUCAUUCAGCACCGUGGAUUCAAAGUGCACGGUUCCGAUGUGAGAGUGGGAAAUAUAAUUGAACGGAAAGAACGUAUUUACCAGGUUACAAAAGUCGACCAUUCACAUGAAGGAAGAGGAAAAGCCACGAUCAAGGUUGAACUUCGUGAUGUUGAGAGUGGAAACAAAGUAACUCAACGGUUGGCCACAGAUGAAUCUGUUGACAGGGUUUUUGUGCAGGAGAAAGCAUAUAUAUUUAUGUGUAGAGAUCGGGAUGCUAAAAUUUUAUUAAUGGACCCUGAUUCGUAUGAGCAACUGGAAGUCCCCGAGGAAUUGUUUGGCAAGGCUGCCAUGUAUCUACAAGAUGACAUGAAAGUUAUGGUUCAACUUUUCAAUGAUACUCCCUUAUCUGCAUCGGUUCCAAAACGAGUGACGUGUGUUGUGAAGGAAGCCCAACCACCUAUGAAGGGAAUUGCAGCUACUCCCAAGGAAAAGAAGGCGGUGCUGGACAAUGGCAUGACAUUAAAAGUACCACCACACGUCGUUGUCGGAGAUGUUGUAGUGAUUAAUACAGAGGACGACUCUUAUAUCGAGAGGGCAAAGGGGUAGUCGUAAGAUUCCGAUGAUGAGCACGGUUAGAUAGGUCGUCGAGCCAUUUCGUUUUUUUUGCUAGCUUGAGCGGAUGAGCAGUCCUGCUGUAGAAAAAGAAGGUACAAAAUUAUUUGGUGUAUCAAGGGGUAUGCAACCCCAACAAUCAUGCAACUGCUAAGAAUGCUUCUUUGGGAACACUGCGUUGAAUUGUUGUUGAGCUUCCAAUAAAUGCUUCUUUGUUAUAAUACCUUAGAGUUGUAUGCCAUGAGAGGGACAAGACCAUGUUUUACUUGGCACAAUGAAAGUUAACAUUUUUUAGUACUA